UCUCUCACUUCUUUCCUUUGCUAAGGCGUCUGGUGUUUUAUAAUGCCUGAGCCGGCAAAAUCCGCUCCCGCGCCCAAGAAGGGCUCGAAAAAGGCUGUUACCAAAGCCCAGAAGAAGGACGGCAAGAAGCGCAAGCGCAGCCGCAAGGAGAGUUACUCCAUCUACGUGUACAAGGUGCUCAAGCAGGUGCACCCGGACACCGGCAUCUCCUCCAAGGCCAUGGGCAUCAUGAACUCCUUCGUCAACGACAUCUUCGAGCGCAUCGCCGGCGAGGCCUCCCGCCUGGCGCAUUAUAACAAGCGCUCCACCAUCACGUCGCGGGAGAUCCAGACGGCCGUGCGCCUGCUGCUGCCCGGCGAGCUGGCCAAGCACGCCGUGUCCGAGGGCACCAAGGCGGUCACCAAGUACACCAGCUCCAAGUGAGUCCCUGCCGGGACACGGCGCUCGCAUGAGUCGCCGGCCGCUUGACUCCAAAGGCUCUUUUCAGAGCCACCCACCUAAUCACCAGAAAAGAGCUUUGUUCACUUAUUUUUCCUCACUUGCUCUCUCAAAGUAAGUUAUUCUACUUGUGAA